AUGGACAAGCGUAACGCGUCUGCCUGCGAGGUAGCGCCCUUGGCUGACAUCAGGACAACUCUGACAGACGCUAUCGAUUUUGUUUGUGCACCAGGCGAGGGAUCGGAGGAUGUCCUCAGCCGCCUGGCGUACCUCACCGUCCUGUGUCGACAGAUCACAAAGUUGUCUUCGAUACCCCAACCUUUGCUUGGAGCUGUUGUCGACAAGCUGGGUGCUGCCUUGGAGCCCCGUGCUCCUUUAGGCAUGCUCUUGAGCCAGGGCCUGGCAAAUACGACCAAGCCUCAUCCUCAACGCGCGGGUGAAGCUCUGACAGCCGUCGUGCGGCUAGCCUCCCAUUUGAACCAUGAGGAGAUCCUGUUCCCGCUCUGGUCGGACACCCUCCGCCAGGAUCUCAGCGUUCGUUCGACUCUCGUAACCCUUGGACAUCUGGUCGACAGCAUCCCCGCUCGUUUGGUCCCGACCGACCUUAUGCCUAAGCUUCUGGAGGACGUGACAAGCUCUGAUGGUGUUUCCAGCGUCCGUGGAACCCUGCUCGCGAAAAUUCUGGGACGGGAGCGUGCAGGGCGCGCGGACGCCGCGGCCGACAGGGCCAUGCUUCGCCCUUUGCUGCCAAAACUCGUGACGGAAGAUGGAGAGGACGUAGUGGUCGUCAGCCGCUACCUCCUACCUCCGCUCGUGGCUGACCACCCGAGUGCUCUGAAAUCAUUGUUAGGACUGUUGGACGAGGCUGCCAGCGAAGGGAGGGAAGACGAGUGCUACGCUGCCUGGAUCAUGGUUGCCGCAUUCGGGGUCCAGAACGGUCUGACCUCUCUCGCAGAUCUGGAUCAGGAGAAGCUGCAGGAGGCCUUGUAUCAUGCCAACUACAGGCUGCGGAUUAUGGCGUUCGAGCUUGUUACCGGUAGCAAGGACUUACUGGAGCGUAAGGUCAUGAACUUGAUCGUGCAAGGUUUCGAGUGGAAUGAAGGGCUUCCUCAAGCUGGGCUGAAGGACCUGCAGAAUGCAACGGUGCGCGACGCCAAGCGGCCGAAGACCACACCGCAGCAGCGAACGAUCUUGGAGCAACGCCUAGCUGUGGCUGGAGCUUUCCACGCGUGGUUCGCCGACGAAUACAUUACGCCGGCGAUCCUGGCCUGUCGCGAGACUCCUGCUGUUCGCACCAUCUUUGCGCUGAACCUUCUGAAACGCUACUUGGACGUCUUCAGCGGGCAGCCGGAGGGGGCGUACAUCUACACCCCGACGCGCGUUCGAGCGCUGGUUGCCUGUCAGGCAUCUGAGUUCUCCGAAAUGCGAACAUCAGCCAGGGACGUCGUUGAGGCAGAGGAGCUGCUGUCCGCCGCAAAGUUGUCCAUCAACCAUCCCAGAAACACCCAGGCCGAGGCUGGCCGGGCGGCUCUCAGCAUUCUGUUCACGAAAGUCAUUCAGCCUCAGGGUAACGACGCUGCUGCUUCUUUCCUGGAAGGCAUGUUGCAGUUGUUGGAAAGUCACCUCCAGCGCUGCGAGGCGGAUCUUGCGAGCGGAAUUGUUGAGUUCCCGCUGCACGGACUCCUGAGCGCCAUUGCGUAUUGUCUCGAUACCGCUACUCCUGAGGGUCAGUCGAAGUGGUCACCCUUCCUCCACCAGCUCUUCGGUAUCAUCGAGCGAGUUUGGGCUAUCACUUCGAAGGUCAUCUCACUGGGCCCCGAGACUGAGGACAAGACUGCUGCUCACGAGAUCGCUAAAGCUUACGACGUACUCGGGGACGGCGAUGAUGAGGACGAAUUUGAUCACACCGGCCUCCUGAGCGGCUGUUGGCGAGCAACCAAGGAAGCCAGUGACAUGCUGGCAGCCAUCAUCACCGCGCCGCUGAGGGUCCCGGAACAGAAGGUCUGGUCGCGGUCUGAAGUCGACCAUGCCGGUCACCACUUCCUCAUGUGGCUGCAAGAGGUUCGACACAGAGGAACGUUCUCAAAGAUUGCGCCGGCGUUCGGCUCGGUCGUGGACGCUGUGCGUAGAACGGAGAUGAAAGACCUUGUGAAGGAGUGGUUGGAUGGGCAUAUCUCCACCCUUCGGAGAUCGGCUGCUCUUCCUUACACAACUUUGGCCCUGGUGUCCACAGAUGCCGACCUGUUGGAGUACACUGUCAACGCGCUGGUGACUAUGGCUCGUCUCGACACUCCCUCACCCGAUGCUGCCAAGGUCCACGCCUUGAACUGUCUCAAAAUCCUUCUUCUGGAUGCUAAGCACUCCAGGUAUCUGGAAAGUUGGAACGUUCGAAACGGUGGCCUGAUCAUCUUCUCUACCCUUUCACACCGACUGCUGAACCACAAUCCUCGAUCACAAGGCGAUGCUGGAACGAGAGCCGCACUGGCGAACCGUCAGACUUUGGCGUCGUGGGUUCGGAAGUACCCAACACUUAUGCCGUGGAUCAACGAUUUCCUUGUCCGCAACCGCCGCGCUGGACCGACAGGCUUGGGCGAGCACUCGCCGUUGUUCCCCGUACUCAUUAUUCUGAGAUCUCUUCGUUGGUCUCAAGACGGUGCAACCGAAGCUGCUCAACUCUGUCCCAUCGUUGAGGCGUACCUGUCCAACCAGGACAUUCAAGUCAGAGCUGUGGCUAGCCAAGCCCUUUCGAGUCUCCUGAGUCCCGACCAGGCCGUCGAGAAGGCGAAGGUGACAGCGACUCGCAUCUCCCACUCGUCAAUGGAUCUCAAUCUGGUCCACGGGCGACUCCUGUUCCUGGAGCAUCUGAUCACGGACGUCAUCGAGUGGGAGACGGUUUCCAACGAAGACCGACGUAUUCUCGAAGACCGGAUGCGCGAAUCGCUGUGGCAACAACGCAACCCCACCAUCGUAACUGCCGCUGUUGAUUGCGUGAACGCGUACACCUCACUGGUCGAGCCUCUCACGCCCUCCUUACCGUCAAUCAUCAAGGAGAUCGCUCUGUCGUCCCUCAGGAGGCCAAGCGCCCCCGGUGUUGAUCUCCUCUGCGCCAGCGCUGCGAAGGCCUUGCUGUCCUCGAACCUCGCGGAUCUACUGCACCCUGCGAUGCCUGAGGAUGCCCACCUUGCCGCUCUGGAGCACCUUGGUGCUGCGGACUACACUCCUGCUGCAUUGAAGGCACUCAUGAAGCUGUGUCGGUCGCCGGUCGGCGACGGCGUGCAUACUGCCGUCUUCGACGUUCUCGCUUCUUGGCCGCUUGAUGCAGAGUUCGAGGAGAACCGGGAGGUCAUUGCGGACAUCGUAUGGAAGCGAUACCAGAGCACACGUUGCGUGCCUUUGAAGGAGGCGGCAUUGGCGGCCAUGGGUCGUGUCAGUGCCGGCCAAGACGCUGAGCGUGUCGCGAAGCUGGCCGCGCUCGUUGCGGAGGCGGCUGCGGAGGAGCGAGCCGAACCCAGCCGAAUGGCCGCUCUGCGAAGUCUCGAGAGCAUGGUAGACGUCCUGUAUGGCUCACCUUCCAGCUCGCGGACUGUCCUGCAACGUGCACUCCUCGCUCUACUGCAGGACGAUGAUCUUGAGAUCCGGCAGGGAGCAGCGGCGAUCGUGCAGCGAGGGCUGCGUCUGAAGCGCCCCGUGGUGCAGCAGAAGGCCGUUGAGCUUUGGUGGUCUUGGCUUGAAUCACAGCUCGUUGACGCGGCCGAGCGCGCGCAAUGGGAAGAGUGGCUCUGGACCAAAGCCCUGGACAUCGAUGGCGCGGAGUCUGACUUCGCGCUCCUCAGUGCUGCUGAUAACACAACUGAGCUGUUCGUGGAGGAGCCUCCGAACAUCUUCCGUAACGAGCUCAUUGACGUUAAGUACGCCUCAGCCCUACUCGCCAAGCUCGGUGCGAAAAAUCUAAAGACGGCAGACGCUAUUCAGGCGCACGACCGGGUUUAUGGGAAUGGCGUCAUCGAACCCAGCUGGGUCGUGCGCGAGAAGGCUCGACGUAGGCUCGAGUGUAUCUUACGACUAGCAUAG